GCUCUGCGUUAACGGCGGGGGCUGCGAUGCACAAGCCGCCGCCACCGCCUCCUCCUCUUCCUCCUCCUCCUCCCGCCGCCGCCGCGCAUCCUCCCGCCGCCUGAGGACGCGGCCGUCUGCGCCCCCGCGGAGGGAGGUAAUCUGGCUUCCCAGAAAUCUUCUGCUAAAUGCAAGGGUUCGCUGUCCUGUUUACUGACUGUUACACCUGAGGCUGAUUUUGAUACAGAUUGUGGAUAUCGCAGGGCAAGCUCUCGAGUUCCCUUUGAGACAAAGCUGCCCUCCACCGAGAUGUCACGGCACCACAGCCGGUUCGAAAGAGAUUACCGUGCCGGGUGGGAUCGCCGGGAUUGGAGCUCCAAUGGCAACCAUGUCAGCAGCACCAACUGCAGCAGCGCUGCCAGCACCAACAGCAGCACCCGCCCAGGGCUGCUGCCCCUGCCCAUCGUCCCCUCCCGGCUCCCCACCCCGGCCACUGCCGCCUGCACCACCGGCAACAGCGACGUCAUCACCAGCCUGGUGGCCAACUCCUCGCCAGCUUCAACUACCAAAUGUCGUGCGCUGAUGUCCCUGGUGUCCUGGAGCAGCAAGUGUCGCAGCCGGGACCUUGGUUCGAUACCUCAGCUCCGUUCCCUGAUGUUCUCGCUGAGAAACGAAGGCAGCUGGACACCUUGCAUUUCCAAGACUGAAAAUCAGCCUCAAGGACUUGCAACGAGCGUCAGGUGGGGACAGACACCCAUCAAUCAGUCCACGCCCUGGGACACUGAUGAACCUCCAUCUAAACAGAUGAGGGAGAAUGAAAACCCAGGUGCAGCUCCCUGGGUCACCACAGUGGCAGCGGGCAGCCAGCCUGCCCUGAUCACGCACUCCUACGGGAUGACACAGCCGCCCACCUUCAGCCCUGCCGCCAACGUCCAGGCCCCCGUCAUCGGUGUCACGCCCUCCCUCCCUCCGCACGUCACCCCCCAGCUCCCGCUGAUGCCAGCCCACUACCAGCUCCAGCCUCAGCCCUCCCAGCCCCUCAGCAACAUGGUGGUCAACCUCCAGAGCCAGCCCUUGUACACCAACAGCCAGCCCCUCAGCAUGUCCUCCAUGAGCGGCGUGGGCCCGGUGGCCCACCCGGGCCCCGGAGCAGUGGGCAAUGGCCACCUGGCCUGCCCCAUGCUGCCGCCACCACCGCCAGCCCUGCCCUCGGCCGCCCUGCCCAGCACCGCACCCGCCACCAAUGGGCAGGCAGCCGCCCCGCUGCCCCCCAGCGCGGCGGCGGGCGGCCCGGACAACACCAACGGGGUGCAGAUGCUGCGGACAAUCGGCGUGGGGAAGUACGAGUUCACGGACCCCUGGCAUCCCAAAGAAAUGUUGAAGGAGUUGAACCAGCAACGCAGAGCGAAAGAGUUUACAGACCUGAAAAUUAUUGUUGAAGGCAAAGAGUUUGAAGUCCACCAAAAUGUUCUAGCUUCCUGCAGCUUGUAUUUCAAGGACCUGAUUAAAAGGUCACCACGGGACAGUAGCAGAAGCGGGGAGAAGCUGGAAUUGGCCAUGUCCAACCUCACUGCGGAUGUCCUGGAGUUACUCCUGGAGUUUGUUUAUACAGGUUCUUUGAUCAUAGAUUCAGCCAAUGCAAAAACCCUUCUGGAAGCUGCCAGCAAGUUCCAGUUUCAUACCUUCUGUAAAGUCUGCGUUUCCUUUCUAGAAAAACAGCUGACUGCUAGCAACUGCUUAGGAAUAUUAGCCAUGGCUGAAGCCAUGCAGUGCACUGAACUAUACAACAUGGCCAAAGCUUAUGCCCUGCAAAUUUUCCCCGAGGUGGCAAACCAAGAAGAGAUCCUUAAUAUCUCAAAAGACGACUUUAUUUCCUACAUGUCCAAUGACAGCCUGAACACCAAAGCAGAGGAGCUGGUGUACGAAACAGUGAUAAAGUGGAUUAAGAAGGACGCCGCAAUCAGAGCUCAGUACGCUGCGGAGCUGCUGGCAGUGGUGCGCCUCCCCUUCAUCCAUCCCAGCUAUCUGCUGAACGUUGUUGACAAUGAGGAGUUGAUAAAGUCCUCGGAGGCUUGCCGGGAUCUGGUGAACGAAGCCAAGCGUUAUCACAUGCUGCCACACGCCCGACAAGAGAUGCAGACGCCGAGGACCCGGCCCAGGCUCUCUGCAGGUGUAGCUGAGGUAAUAGUCUUAGUUGGGGGUCGCCAGAUGAUUGGCAUGAAUCAACGUGCUUUAACAGCAGUGACUUGCUUAAAUCCUCAAAACAACAAGUGGUACCCAUUGGCCAGCCUGCCCUUCUAUGAUCGAGAGUUUUUCAGCGUGGUCAGCGCUGGGGACAACAUCUAUCUCUCAGGCGGCAUGGAGUCGGGUGUCACGCUCGCUGAUGUCUGGUGUUACAUGUCCCUGCUCGAUAACUGGAACCUCGUGUCCCGCAUGACAGUCCCAAGGUGUCGACAUAACAGUCUGGUGUACGAUGGGAAAAUUUAUACCAUUGGAGGGGUCGGUGUGGCAGGCAACGUUGACCAUGUGGAAAGGUAUGACACGAUAACCAACCAGUGGGAGACCAUCGCUCCUCUGCCCAAGGCCGUCCACUCAGCCGCCGCCACCGUCUGUGGUGGGAAGAUCUACGUCUUCGGAGGGGUGAACGAAGCCGGGCGAGCUGCGGGGGUCCUGCAAUCCUACAUCCCUCAGACCAACUCCUGGAGCUUUAUAGAGUCUCCGAUGAUUGAUAACAAAUAUGCUCCUGCAGUCACUCUCAAUGGGUUCAUCUUUAUUCUUGGAGGAGCUUAUGCACGAGCAACCACCAUCUAUGACCCAGAGAAAGGCAAUAUUAAAGCAGGUCCCAACAUGAACCACUCCAGGCAGUUCUGCAGGAUGCAGGCAGCGUACAAACAGGCUUGUGCUACAGAGAGCCUCCACGGGGCAACAGCGGCAGCAUGGUGGUGCCAGCAAUAAUUCCAGAGAAGCUAAUUUAGUACCAGCAAUUCCCAACAGACACCAGAAAAGCAUUUUCUUUCUCCUCCUCUGACUGCUAACCAGUAAGAUUUAUUAGAUGGUUCUGCCGAAUGGAAAUCUUUAAUAAAACUUUGACUCAGGCUGAACAGCACAAAACCAGGGUCAGUUUGUGGAUUAUUUCCUCCCCCCCUCUUUUUUUCAAAUAAGGCCUUGUUCUUGAACACCAAAGCCUGGUGCCUCCUGUGCUGAACUGCCAGGCAUUGCUAAUGUAUAGCACCAGCCACAGCCUCCCCCAGCUGGCUCCUUUCCUCGUUGCUAAGUUCCUGGUAACUCCAGGCACUGGAAGGAGUUAGAGCACAGCUUGUUUGGAUGGAUAUUCCCAGGUGAAGCUAUUACAGAGCAGGGUUCCUUAAUGGCUGCUUGCUUCCGGAGCCUGCAGACACGGUCUGAACAUGGUCUGUUCAGCCAGCAGCAUUUGCAGCUGGUCUGGAAGGGAAAACCAAAAUCUUCCAGCAUACCUGGAAGGAGAUGUGUGUGUGGGACUGCACUCCACAGACAGCAGAUGAGAACUGCAGCGCCAGACUACUGGCAAUAAUUUCUGUAGGAGCUGAUGACUGAAGGAUUUUGGUGGGCGUUAAAGCAUAAAUGAUACAGACAGAGCACUUGGGGCCAUUACUGAUGUGUUGUGGACUUUGGAAUAAAACACUGCUGGUUUUCAGCAACAAGUAACGAUGCCACGUGAUGGUUUUGGAUCAUUAGCAAGGGAAAGUGCUCACAGAGUAGGGGAGAACGUAACUGGAGCUUGGCCAAAACACCCACUCUAAUAAUCCUGCUCCAAGAAGGGGCAUGAUAUCCUCCUAAUUGACCGUGACUAAUCUGGACCCUCAUUUAUCUGUCUCAUUGUAAAGAUGACACCUCUGGCAGCACAACACGGCCACCCGAGCUCAGCCUUCUCAGACAUAACAACCUGGCUGCCACCCCGGCUGCUAAACAGCCCCAGAGCCUGUCAGCACAGCCACCAGCUCAGGACACUUUGGCACCUGACCCCUUCCACCCACAGAGACACCAGCAAUGCCUUUUGUUUCGGCACCACAAACCACCGUGCAGGUGCCCUGAAAAGGUCCCCGGUUUAAACAAAAGCUUAAGGAGCACCUGCAGCUCUGCCUAACACUGCAGAGAGCCAGGUCCCACAGGGGCUGGUACCCUGGAGGGUUCCCUCAUCCUAAGGCCUGCUCCACCCAGUUGAUGAGCAUCAUAGAAUCACAGAACAUCCUGAGUUGGAAGGGACCCACAAGGAUCAUCAAGUCCAACUCCUGACCCUGCACAAGACAACCCCAAGGAUCACACCAGUAUCGUUCAGUUCGACCUCCAGUAAAGUCCUCCUGUAAUCUUAGGGCAGGAAGGAAAUUCACCCACUAAUAAAUGCAGGCAUUUUGUUUUUUUUUUUUUACUUCUUUUAAGCAGAUCUUGCGUCUACCUAACUGAUAAUGUUUAGUAAUACUUACAGAACUGUUCCAAAUAAAUGUGUGCUUAUGCACACAAAGCCAGGAGUGAGGAGGAACAAGAGCAUUGUUUGAGGCCCCAGAAGAUACUAAGUUUCAGGAAGUCAAUACAACAUAGUAAUUCAGCCAUUCCAGUUUUUUUACAGUUCCAGACAUUACAAGAAAGGAUUUUUUUUUUUUAAUUUUUUUUAACUUUUCCUGAUAAGGCUGAUCUUUAGGACUCAGCAGGAAAUUCUAAAACAAUAACAAACAAAAUUGAAAAACAUUUCUGGUAGUCCCACUGCUUGGUGCUAUAUCCAGCCAUCAUGACUGGGAGAGGGAAGUCCUGGAGCAAGAGCGCUCAGGCACUCAUCUCUCAAACACUAAAGAAAAAAAGGUACUGAUAUCCUCUGCUUUGGGUUGCUUCGAAAUUACUGCCCAUCAGGAGACUUUCAUCAUCCCACUGUACUCAGCACUUGUCAGGCUGCACGAGAACCACUGUGUCCACUUCUGGUCCCCAUAGUUCAAAAAAACCAGACAGACUGGAGGGGGUCCAAAGGAGGGUCACGAAGAUGAUCAAAGGGUGAGAAGAGCCCACCUGAUGAGGAAAAGCUCAAGGAGUUGGGUCUUUUCUUCCUGGAGAGGAUAAGGCUUAGGGGGAACAGAGUAUUCCAGCACUUAAAGGGUGGCUACAAGGAGGGACAGAAGCUCUUUCUGCACAAGGAGCCAUGGCGAGAAGACAAGGGGCAACAUGUACAAGUUUCAACAGGAAAAGCUACAUCUGGAUAUAAGAAUUUUUUACAGUGAGAUCAAUCAUUCAUUGGAACAACCUCCCCAGGGAUGUGGUGGAGUCCCCCUCACCAAAAGUUUUCAAGAUAUGACUGGACAGCAUGCUAGAUAACCUCAUCUGGCGUCCCUUUCACACAAAAGAUUGGACCAGAUGAUCUUUUAAGGUCCCUUCUAACCUGGCUAUGAUUUUAGUGUUCAUUGAUUUGCUUUGCCCAUCAUGUCCUUUAACAGGCAGCUGUCAGAGAGGAAUCCUCUCUGUUGUUUGCUCAGGUUGGGCAAGGAAUGCAGGGUGGAUAGGCAGGGAAGAGAUGUAAAGGAUGUUUAGAUGUGUAUAAACACACCCAUCAUGGACAGCCAGGUCCCCACCAGCCCUUGGCACACCUCAACCUCAUUGGGAUUUUCCUAGGAGCGUGAUUCAUAGCUCCAUGUGGAGGCUAGCAGAUGGACCAGACCAGCAGUGGCAGUGUCAGGGGAUAGUCACAGUGUGAUCCUGUGAUGCUGUGUGUGGUUUGGGAAAUGAGGGACACCCUGGCACCUCAGGUGAACUGGCCUUGGGGCAGGAGAAGCCUCUCCAGCAAACAGCAGUAAUUACCUGCCAAGUAGAAAGUCAGGUCAUUAGCCUGCAGGGUAAUAAUUUGCUGAAAUGUAUUUUCCUGGAAGGAGUGGCUGAAGUGACCUCCAUUUUGAUACCAAUUACCUUCACCCUGGGAGUUCUGCCAGAAAGGUGGAGGUCUGGCUGUUCCUCAGCUGGGGAAGUCAAUGCCCCAAAGCCACCAGAGGGUUUGUGUCCCCACAGCGAGGCUUUGUGGCACAGAGCUUCCUUCCUUCCUUCCCAGGCUCUGACAGCCUGUAAUCAUUUUAUCUCUCAGGAUUAAUGGCACUGAGCAAUAAACUCGCAUCCUAAUUAUUGUAAUUAUUUCUUUCUUUGUAUGUCAGCCUUGGUAACUAUGUUUUUACAGCUGAUGGGAUGGAAGGGAGGGGAUAAAAGAAAUGUUGUCACAGUAAUGAAGAAAGAGCAAUGAGCAUACUCCUUUCCACUCAACUUUCCUCAAGGUUUUAGAAUCCACUUGAGUUUCCUAUUCCCUAAGGUCCCAGAAAUUAGCAGUGAUUGUCCUAAUACUGCAAAGUAGCAGCAAUCUAGGACUAAAUUCCUAAUAAUCUUAAGCACCUACUUGCCACUUUAGCCCCAAAGAUGACUGAAUGUCUCCAAAGUCCCCUGCACACAUAAGUACCUGCUACAGACCCAGAACUGUCCAUUUCUCCACAGCAGGAGCAGCUCUCCUCAGGCAUGACUCACAAGCUAAGUGUUUUGCCAGUCUCAUCUAUGGGAAUUGCAUAUGGAGGGGGCAGAAGCUCCUCUAAUGACCAUGUAAAAUUCAUACAGUCUUCCAGAGCAUGGAAUUAAGCAUCCAUAUCUUCCCAACAUAUUAGCACUAUGAUGGGAAGCUACAGGACUGAGGUGCUUGUCCCAGCCGCUGGGCAGGAAUUUCUUCCAGUGCUGUAGCCCAGGUGCUGGAGAACAAGAGCAACGUUUCCCCACCCACUGUAACCCCAAAUCCAGAGCAUGGGCUGGGGAGAAACCCGAACCCAGAUCAUUUUGGGAAGGUGUGCUUGACUACUGAGCUGCUCUGUGGUGGCAGCUGCUCUGGCUCAGAGGAGCUGCUACUGAACAUCAGGCAGAAAGGGACCUGGGAGUUUGGAUUGACAGGAAGCUGAACAGGAGCCAGCAGUGUGCCCAGGUGGCCAAGAAGGCCAAUGGCAUCCUGGCCUGUAUCAGGAACAGCGUGGCCAGCAGGACCAGGGAAGUGAUUCUUCCCCUGUACUCAGCACUGGUGAGGCCACACCUGGAGUGCUGUGUCCAGCUCUGGGCCCCUCAGUUCAGGAAGGACAUUGAGGUGCUGGAGCAGGUCCAGAGAAGAGCAACAAGGCUGGUGAAGGGACUCGAGUACAAGUCCUAUGAGGAGAGGCUGAGGGAGCUGGGGAUGUUCAGCCUGGAAAAGAGGAGGCUCAGGGGAGACCUCA